AGAUACAACAACUGUAAAACACUCUUCACUCGCCACUUUCCACAUACACACUUUUCAAAAUGAAUACCAAAGAGUUCGUAGUGAUGCCAACAUCAUAUGGCAAGAUGACCAAGAGACAGGAGAUCAUUCAGAGCAGAGCUCUCGACUUGCUCAACAUGAUACACAACACAAGUGGAUCGAGUACUCAGAGCGAUCCUUCAUUCGACGAGAACGAGAACAACUUCGAGUUGCCGCUGCUGUUCAACACACACUUGCUCGACUUUAGCAAGGACAAUGCGCUGAUCUUUGGCGGACGUUGCGUGAUCAGCGUCGAUCACAUUUCGCCGCUUAAGGUAUCGCGACGCAUCCUGAAGCCGCAGUUGACCAGCGAUGGCUACUUUCGACCCAAUCCCGAGCGCAUCGUGCAGCGUCUGUUUGGGAUCCUCGACUUGCGGCAUCUCCUCUUGCUGAUCACGCCAACGAUCGCGGUGCGGCGCCAGGCCAAUGAGCAUGUGUUGCACGGCUUUGAGGUGGCCACGCAGCUGCACUUGGGCGUCACCAUACUGACGAGCAAGGAGCGCGAGCUCAUUGAACUCCAGCACAAUGCUAGCAACUAUGCGCUGAUCUUUUGCUCGGGCUACAUCGAUCUCGAGGAUCUGUAUCUCAAAACACCAAUCAAGGAUCAGAUCUUUAAUGUGUUGCACCAAAAACCCACCAAAGCGGUUUGUGUCUCCAACGGCGAGAGUCGAAUCAUUCUCCACUAUCGUUGCUGUGCCGAAGAGCGAGCUAUGAGCCUUGUCCAGCCAAGGGAAUUAUCUGCUGCAUAUCUCUCUUCUAGUUCAGCCUCAAGCAGCAACUGUUUGCGACAGAUUGGAGGUGAAGUCGAGAUUCCCCCGCCAGUGGAGGACAAGCCUAAGAAGAAACGCAAGUUGGUAAAGCGCGUGAAACAAAAGAAAACUUCUGCGUCUUCUCAGAGCAAGCUUUCCAAGAAGAAGCCGAAGAAGCUGCCCGAGAAGACCGAACUCAACUUCACCUUCUCUCCUCUGGAUCGCAGCGAGUCCAAACACUCUGAAGUGUCAACCUUAAAGAAGCGAAAGCUCAAGCUGAAGCCGAAGUCGAUGCGCAUUGCUCCUCUGUCCAAAGGCUUAAGUCCCACCGAAAGAAAGCAACAUGCCGAAACGUUUGAUAAGGAGAAACUUCGUCUCUUAGAGCGCAAAUGGAAUGGCUUCGGGAACAGCGACUCCAAGCGUCGCGACAUCUUGACCAGCAAGCGUCCCUAAUUGAAUGGAAUGGAAAACGUCUUCCUGGUGAACUGCACUCGAUGUUACUUACACAAAUUUAUUUAUCGCAUUGAUUAAAAAUUCAUUUUACUUGCAA